ACCAAAACAUGACACCACCCACGUUGGCGCCCUGACCAUCCUCUCUCUGUCCCUCACCCUCUUCAUUCCACACCGGCGCCAUGGAGAUCCUCCGAGACAACUUCCACGCGGAGUUGCCCUACAUCAAGGAGGCCAUAGAUGAAUGUGAAUUCAUCGCCCUUGAUGCCGAGUUCUCUGGCCUUCACACGGAACCGAACAAACGCACUCAAAGCACAACGCUGGAGCAGGGGUAUGAGGAGCUUCGAAAGAGUGCAAGCCAGUUCCUUACUGUUCAGAUCGGAAUCUCGACCUUCAAGUUUGAUCCCAGGAAUGGCAGCUACAGCGCAAAACCGUUCAACUUUUUCAUCUUUCCAACGACCCUAUCAGGAUAUUCGCCUCAGGGACGCUGUUUUUUGACGGAGGCCUCCAGUCUGGAUUUCUUGGCAAAAAAUCGUUUCGAUUUCAACAAGUGGAUUUACCACGGUGUUCAUUACAUGACCAAGGCAGAUGAGGAAAGCUACAGAAAGGAGCGCACUAGAAUUGCCAACAACGAUUUCCAGACCAUCGGUGUGGAUCCUACAAUGAGAGCGUGGCUAGAUGACGCGAUCGCUCGGAUUACGGAAUGGAAGGCAAAUAACGGUGCUUUUAAUUUCAUCAAUAUUCAAAGUUCCAAUGGUUAUCAGCGACGAUUGAUCUACCAAGAGGUUCGUCGGCUAUGGCCGACGGAACUGCAGGCUAAAGGACAUGGUGGUUGCAUACAAAUUACCAAGACCAACGAGAAAGACCUGAUUUAUCAAAAGCAACAACAGCACUUCGCCGUUCAGAGAGAUGUCGAGAAUGCAAUCGGUUUUCGUUCCGUGAUCGAUAUACUGUCCGCGUGUGGGAAACCAAUUGUCGGUCACAACAUCGUAAUCGAUCUCGCGUAUAUCUUGGCUCAGUUUGUUGGCCCUUUGCCACCGACCAUGGAGGGCUACAAGGAAAUGAUCCACCGCACCUUUCCUACCGUGAUGGAUACGAAAUACGUGUCCUACACCGCCAACGCCUUGAAGGGUAUGGCAUACGAUUCCAGCCUAGGUGGAUUGGAAAACAUGGUUGGCACUGUGAACUUUAUGGGAUGUCCCAAAAUCACACCGCAUUACAGACAUCAGCGCUACAUGUCGCGCGAUUUGGCGCAUGAAGCCGGCUACGAUGCAUAUAUCACAGGAUCCAUCUUAAUCAGGAUGUUAGCAUAUAUCGUUCGGAAUGAACCUGCGCCCCUGCCGAUGACGGAAAACAGGACCCCGAACAAGGACAACCGACCAGAAAUGAACCCCUACGGCUUUAAAAACGCGAAAAAGAACAGGGCAACAGUAAGGAACUCAGCUUCACCACCCCCACAGGCAGCUGCUGCACCCGUUCGCCCUUCUGCACCCAAGAAGUUCUCCUAUGCCGAUGCCGUUCACCUAAAGCGCGACGGCUCGCAGGACAAGUCUAAGACCUCUCCGACUUCAGCUGCAAAACAACAGCUUCCGAUGCAUGAUGUCGAGGAGCCUGCCAAGUUAAUUGGUGGAAAGGCGGCUCAAAAGCAGCACACUGCUGCAUCGAAUGGCUUUGUAUAUGAAGACACGGGACAUGAGAGUGACAGGUCGGAGGAUGGAUAUCAGCAUCAGUUCGAGCAAGAGGUGUUUGAGAGACCAUUCACCUUACAGCAUCCUGUGCUUCGAGGCUACCAAAAUAUCCUUCAUUGGGGCAGAUCCAACCAUGGAUGCAUCAACCUUACCAGCCCAUGAGCGUACGUUAAGUUUAAACAUGAAAAUAAAAAUAAAAAUAAAAUACUCUGACAAG